AUGACCGCAAAUGUGAAUAUGAGACUUCAAAAGAGAGGUACUCUUAAUUAGUAGAAUCCAUGGGCCAGACAAUAGACUUAGAUUGGUAAUCAAAUGCAACUCAAUAAUAAAAGUCCACUUUAUAAAUAAUCUUGUCGACUUUCAAUGAGUGGUACAUCUCCUGAAUAGUAAUAACAAGAUUUAUUCUGGGACUGGUUUUAAGAGUACCAUGAUUUCAAGAUCAACCUAGUCGAAUCACCUAAAAAUAAUCUCAAUAAGAGUCUCUUUGUUCCUCAAGCUAAUGUGGCCAACUAAAUUGGGUACAUGAAGUAAAAUACUGUUCCAAAGAGAUAGACUUAAAAUUAUCCAGUUAAUAAAAUGAAUGAAAGUUAAAAUCAAAUCCACUAGCAAAUCCCUUCUUAUACUAGUAACAUCUAGAUUAAUCCAAAAAAGAGGAAAGCAGCAGAGGCAAACAUCUCAAUAAAUACCAGCACUAAUGAUGGUUAAACUCAAAAUAUAUAGAUAAAGGCAAAAGAGAAUCAAAAUGAACUGAAUAAUAGUAAUCUCAAGAAAGGUUACAAUAGUAGAAUAAAUUUUAUAGAGAAAAACAAAUAAAAAAUAAGAGAAAUGUCUGAUUCAACUGCAAUAAGAGGAAAAAUGGCAAUGAACAUUGGUCAAGGUAGUGAAUAUUUUUUGAAUGAAGAGCAUCUCUCUGGUAAUAAUGAUUAAUUCCUUAUAACCUAGCUUAAGGAGAAUUAACGUAUAAAUACUGACUUCAAUAAGAAAAUUCGGCCUAAAACUGUAAAUUUGGUUUCAAAUAAGGAGAAUUCUUAGCCAAAUAAUAAUAAUAAUUUUACAUUUUAAACUCCCAAAGGAAAAGCUAUGUUUUCUAAUAAUCUCAAAAGAAUAGUGACUUAGCAUUAGAAUUCAAGUAACCAUCAAAAUAUUGUACCAAUUGUUAAUACUAUCUCUGAAAAUCUAAAUAGCCUUAACAUAACAACUGAAGGAUAGAAACACAAAGUUAAUACCUAAUUUAGUCACAAUAAAUAGCAAGGCUCUAAUAUAAAAUCAAGUUCUAAUCUCUUUCAAAAUCCCUAAACGUCAAAUUUACAGAACUCGGGCUAAAAGUUCUUUUAUUAGCCUCCUAUCUUCCCUCAGAGAUUGAUCAGAUAAUGGGAGAAUAUGACUGGCAAAGUUUGGUAUCAGCUAAGUCCCAAAUCUAGAGUAUAAAGUAAUCUAGAGAUAGCUAAUAUCUAGAGGGCAAAUCAAAAUAUGAAUGGAAGUUUCAAUCUCAAUAAUAGUUUUAACUCUGCAAAUAGCACUAUUUAGAAUUCUCAGUUUACAGCCUUUCACCACACUAAGCCUCUCUUCAAAAAUUGA